AUGGGCAAUAAAAAGAAGCCCAGCACUCUCCAAAGCACCCCGGAACUCGACGUGCUUAAAAAAGCCGGAGACCUGGACAAAUAUUUCAAAGAGAAAGUGAAAGUGCUGAGUGUAGACACAGACGACAGCCAGGCUGCCCUGCAUGAUCAGAACAUUCCUCAGACCCCAGAAUGGCGGACAUUAAAGAGAUCCUACAAAACCUGGAAGGAAGGAAGACAUCGUGGCUAUGUUGGCCCAGUUGGAAUCUUCAGUGCAGGAUCAGUUCUCAACGCUGGCGACAGAAGUGGGAGAUUUAGAGGAGGACAGAGACCAAAUACUAGACAGACUCCUCCCACUGGAACAUAG